AUGACGGGGAUGACUCUAGGUCAUUGUCUGCCAGUAGAAAGGCGCUCCAUGCAAAUCCGUCCGGUGAAGAAAGUAGGUGAAUUGCGGUUAGCAGGUGGACAGCGCAGCUCGUCUGUCGAUGACGGCGCACCAGACGAGUGCAGGCCCUGGGGCACAAGUGACCACUUCCAAGUCAGUGAUGAAGUAAUCAAUCAUCCAAUCAACGACACUGAGACCAGAGCCUGUCCUAGCGUGGCCAACAUUCAAGGAUCGCCUAGUCGGGGUGACCACUUCCAAGUCAGUGAUGAGGCAAUCAAUCAUCCAGUCAGUGACACUGAGACCAGAGCUUGUCCUCUCGUGGGCACCAUUCAAGGAUCGCCUGGUCGGGGUGAUCACUUCCAAGUCAAUGAUGAGGCAACCAAUCAUCCAAUCAGUAACACUGACACCAGAGCCUGUCCUCUCGUGGGUAACAUUCAAGAAUCGCCUAGUCGGGGUGACCACUUCCAAGUCAGUGAUGAGACAACCAAUCAUCCAGUCAGUGACACUGAGACCAGAGCCUGUCCUCUCGUGGGUAACAUUCAAGAAUCGCCUAGUCGGGGUGACCACUUCCAAGUCAGUGAUGAGGCAACCAAUCAUCCAAUCAGUGACACUGAGACCAGAGCCUGUCCUCUCUCUCUAAAUAAGACGUGCCACCUCCUCACUCACAGGGACAGUGGCAAGGAUGAGAACUGUCUCAUCAAUGACACUUCGCCACAGUUUGGUCUUUUGAAGCCACUAGGUGACCACUUCCAAGUCAGUGAUGAAGUAAUCAAUCAUCAAAUCAACGACACUGAGACCAGAGCCUGUCCUAGCGUGGGCAACAUUCAAGGAUCGCCUAGUCGGGGUGACCACUUCCAAGUCAGUGAUGAGGCAACCAAUCAUCCAGUCAGUGACACUGAGACCAGAGCCUGUCCUCUCGUGGGCAACAUUCAAGGAUCGCCUAGUCGGGGUGACCACUUCCAAGUCAGUGAUGAGGCAACCAAUCAUCCAGUCAGUGACACUGAGACCAGAGCCUGUCCUCUCGUGGGCAACAUUCAAGGAUCGCCUGGUCGGGGUGACCACUUCCAAGUCAGUGAUGAGGCAACCAAUCAUCCAAUCAGUAACACUGAGACCAGAGCCUGUCCUCUCGUGGGUAACAUUCAAGGAUCGCCUAGUCGGGGUGACCACUUCCAAGUCAGUGAUGAGGCAACCAAUCAUCCAAUCAGUGACACUGAGACCAGAGCCUGUCCUCUCGUGGGCAACAUUCAAGGAUCGCCUAGUCGGGGUGACCACUUCCAAGUCAGUGAUGAGACAACCAAUCAUCCAGUCAGUGACACUGAGACCAGAGCCUGUCCUCUCGUGGGCAACAUUCAAGGAUCGCCUAGUCGGGGUGACCACUUCCAAGUCAGUGAUGAGGCAACCAAUCAUCCAAUCAGUGACACUGAGACCAGAGCCUGUCCUCUCGUGGGCAACAUUGCGCGUGAGUUUAGACUAUUUACUUGA